GCCGCCGGCGGGAGAGGCGGGCCCGGGGAAGUGGGGCCGCCGCUUCUGCUGUCGCCGCCGCCACCUGCCCCCGGCGCCUCCCGCCCGCCUUUGUGCUUCCUGCCGCGGCACCGGGGGGCGUGAGGGAGGGAGGCAGGGCCGCGCCGGGCGUAGCGGCUCCGCCGAGGCCUUGGCUGCCACGUCAGUGCCGCCGCCCUGCGCCGAGGUGCCCGGCGGUGCCCGCGGCCGGCCCGGUGGGGGAGGCGGGCGGGGGUCGCCGCCGGGCGAGCUGCGCCGGCGAGGCAGGUGCAUGGAGAGUACGUUUGUGGAAACAAAUAACUAGAAAUCUUCACAAAGGAAUCUUAUUUGCAGGGAGGGUGAAGAGGAACCUCCCUUAGGAUACACUGCAGUCUGGUGACCAGGGGACUCCUGCAACGUGGGACAUACGAGCUUGAAUCUUAUUAGACAAAGGAGGCAUUAAACUAUAGGCAACAAUGAAUCAAACGGACAAAAAUCAACAGGAAGUCCCAUCAUACCUUCAUGAUGAACCACCAGAAGGUUCACUAAAGGACCACCCGCAGCAGCAGCCUGGCAUGCUUUCUCGUGUGACUGGUGGCCUCUUCAGUGUCACGAAGGGAGCUGUUGGUGCCACAAUUGGGGGCGUUGCUUGGAUUGGAGGGAAGAGCUUGGAAAUUACCAAAACAGCGGUCACAUCUGUGCCCUCAAUGGGAGUGGGGCUAGUCAAAGGAAGUGUUUCUGCUGUGGCUGGAGGUGUUACAGCUGUAGGAUCUGCUGUUGCAAGUAAAGUGCCUUUAACAGGAAAGAAAAAGGAUAAGUCUGACUAAAACCAAAACUGAGACAUACUUGAUUCUUCAGAAUAUUACAUCAGUGGCAUUAAAAUCUGCUAAGAUUUGGACCAUGAGAAGCCAUGUGUCUUAGACACUUUGUCUUCUGAAGAGCUGUGCGAGUAACUCUAUUUCAUCUGUAAAGGACAGAAGAAGUUUGGCUAGCACAGAGUAUGAAGAUUUAUUAGAGCCUAGAUUGAAGCUUUGUAUCUGGUGAAAUGUUACACUUGAUAACUAUAGAAGUGAGUAAGUGUAUCUGAAGGGAUAAUAUGUAUUUGAAUAUUCAUUUACUGUAAGUCUUUUGCAGUUUUGGACUAAAAUGUGAACACAGAAACUUGGUAAUCUCUCCCCUUCCAUCCAUAUGACGAGAUGCCAUUUACUGUUCUCAGUGGUUUCCACAUCCUCCUGCCUAAGGAUCCUUCAGCUGCAUAAUGGCAUUGUUGGAUGUGCCCGAAUAGUUUUGGUUAUGAAACUGUAUUUGCAGACAGCCUGUAAACUAUCAAUGACCUCAUUCUGCCAGUGCGGACUGGAGCAAAUAGAACUGGAGGUGGGCAGAAAUUGGAAAUGAGGGUGGGAGAUAGAAGUGAGAAAGUUUGACGACGUGGUAGAGGCAAUCAUAAAGAGUAAAUAACUUAAUGCCUUAUUAGGAAAAAAAUAAAAAUCUUUUUACUAGGUGAAGCUGUGUAAAGAAAACCUGUUCUGUUGUUUCAGUGCCGCUCACAGAACAAGCUUUACACUCUCUUUACGAAUCCUGGUAUCUGAAACUUUGUAAAUUUUUGCUGAAAACAAGAUUGCUCCAUCUCAGGUGUAUUUAAUGAUAUGCAUCUAUUUCCUGCAAGUGAAAACUUGCUUCUAAUAAACUUUUUGUAGACACUAGAAAAAAAUGAGGGCUUAAUGGAAACUGGGCUGAUGUGUGUGGUCAUCUAGCACAACUGUCUGACUUGAAAGAAAUUCCCUUGUGUAGUUGGAAACCACUGAAGAACCAGCAAAGCUGUUCUCUCAACUCCAUGGUGCACCAGGUUAGCUUCUUGCUCUGUUUAAACAAAUGCAAGGAAUUUUUCACUACAUCUUUCUCUCAUACUUCGUGUUUUGAUUUUUUUUUUUUAAUAAAAUGCAAUACUUUUAUUUAAAACCAAGCCAAAAAAGGUAGAUGAGGCCUUAAGGAAAAAAAAAAAAAGGAAGAAACAUCAUCCAAGUAACUUGUAUACUGACAGAUUCCAAGUGUUGACACACCUCUGAUGGGAACAUCUGUAGGUCCUCUGCAGCGCGUGAGGCAAAAUGCACUUGUAAAAUACACAGCUUGAGGUUGCCUUAAAAUAGAAGCUGUUGGUGAUCUUUUCUGUGUGUGUGUGUGUGUGUGUACUGACUUUGCAAAUAAUCUCCUUGGAAGCCCACAGAAGAAGACUGUGAAUGUUGUGUAUGCAGUAUUUUCUAAAAACUUGUGUUCCUACAAAGAACUUACAAGAAGGAUAUAUAGGGAUACUUUUUAGAAAUUUAAAAAAAAAAAAAUAAAUAUCCAAACGUAUCACUUUUCUAAAGCUUAGUCCUGUAUUCAUGGGUGUUGAAAGUAUCCUAUAUGUAAAUGAUGGUACAGUAGUCACCUAGUCUCUCAGAGCUGUGGGUACUUCAGGUGAAGCCUGGAACAACUUUAUUUGAUAUCAGUAAUUGUUGUAUGCGUUGGUAGCAGGUUAUUCAUAAGCACAGGGAUUUGGGGCGGUGGGGAGAGCAAAAACCCAGCAAGUGGAAUUACCUGCUCCUUUUGUUAGCUGCACCAGCUGCUUCACUCCAUUCUGCUGCAAGGGUGUAAUGAGGUAAGUUUAUGCAACAAAUGGAAGACUUUAACUGUUUUUUAUAGUCAAAAGCUAUGUGCAUAGAAUAUAGGGUAGUGUAGUUUAAGGAUGCCAGUUAGCUCUAGAAAUGAGCUGGCUUGGAUACCGGAGGCAAUCUAGCUGAAGCAAAUAAUUUAGUAUUGUCUGCUCCCUUGCAGUUUCCAAUGUAGAUGUAUCCCAGAGUGCUACCACUGAACUUAAGAGUCACCUGUUUGGAGCACAGUGAUAUUUGUGACACUCAACCAAACCCUUCGUAAUUGUUUUCUGAAAACAUAAAUGUUGAACCGGUUAUACUCCUCUUUUUUUUUUUUAUGACAUUCUUUAAUUUUUAUACUAUGGAACUUGUUGCAAAACAAGUGUGGUCUGAGAUGUGCGAUGUUAGAU